AUUGUGUGUACUGGAGGAAUCUGCCCUGAUGCAAAGCCUCCCACACCCAAAUCGGAAGUUACCCGCAGGUAAGCAGUAACAUGGAGCUGCCCCGGGGCUAUAGCGGAGUUAGCACCCCACAUAUCACAGGGUACCCCGGCGGUAUGUACUAAACACAGAAUGGAUGGAGAGCAGAGAAAACCAGAGCACACAGGGAGAGAAAAGGAAUGAUACUGUAAGCAGAGCCUUACCCACAGCCCCUGGGGCGGGAUCCAGUGUUUUGCAGCUCUGUGCAGUGGGAUCCAGGGAUCUGUAGCUCCCAGUGCUGGGAUCCAGGGAUCUGUAGCUCCCAAUGCUGGGAUCCAGGGAUCUGUACCUCCCAAUGCUGGGAUCCAGGGAUCUGUAGCUCCCAGUGCUGGGAUCCAGGGAGAAUACUGAGAAAUAAUGGUUCUCUUCCUCCAGGCUGGUGUAUAAAAAUAUAGAGAGAAAAUAUUAAAAAAAAAAAAAAUAUCCCAAGGCUUAAUUCCCAGAGAAGUUUGAAUCCAGGCACAGGGUGGGGGAACACACAGAGAGAUCCUCAGUGUUCUGGAACUACUGCAGCUUCAUGGCUGCUCCUGCCAUUUGCCCAGGUAGGGGUAGUAGUUGGGGAAGGGGUAUUUAGCUAUUAGUGUUGCUAGAGCCCUGUGUGAUCCGCCAUGUUGCUUGUGCUUGCAGAGGGAGGGAUGCAGGAGGCAGUCACAGAGCUCCACACAGAGCUCACCCUGCAUGAGUGGCCUUGUGCUGCGAGGGGCGGGGCUCCGGACAGUCACUCACAUGAUGGCCCCGCCCACCGCACAGCUGCGCCAGCCUGCUUUGCAACAUUGUAUCAAAAUUCCAUCAUUAAAUGACAAAUAGUUCUUCACGUAGAAUGAUACAAUGUCAGUUAUUAUUAACAGUAUUAUUCUCAUUAUUUAUACCAGCUAUGCCUGGGCUUGGCACUCCAGGUGUUUCAGAACUUCAUGUCCCAUGAUGCACAGCCAUGACUAUGAAUCAUGGGAAAUGAUGUGCAGUAACCUCUGGGAUUCCAAGCCUAGCCACCCCUGGUCUAUAUUAAUCCCCCUAACCACCCCUGGUCUAUAUUAAUCCCCCAGCCAUCUUUGGUCUAUAUUGAUCUCCCUAACCACCCCUGGUCUAUAUUAAUCCCCCAGCCACCCCUGGUCUGUGGUCUAAUCUCUAAGCACCCCUGGUUAAUCCCAGCCACCCCCAUAUUGAUCUCCCACCACCCCUGGUCUAUAUAAUCCCCCACCACCCCUGGCCUAUAUAAUCCCCUAAACUACCCCUGGCUCAUACACCCCUGUGCCACCCUGGCCUAUACACCAUCCACCAUUUUAUCCACAUCCCACCAUCCUCAACUGUCUGGCUAACUUCCUGCCACCCCUGGUCUAUGCCACCCUCACUUUGGUCUGGCUGAUCUCCCUAACUACCCUGGUCUAUAUUAAUCCCCCAGCCACCCCUGGUCUAUAUUAAUCCCCCUAACCACCCCUGGUCUAUAUUAAUCCCCCAGCCACCCCUGGUCUAUAUUAAUCCCCCUAACCACCCCUGGUCUAUAUUAAUCCCCCUAACCACCCCUGGUCUAUAUUAAUCCCCCAGCCAUCUUUGGUCUAUAUUGAUCUCCCUAACCACCCCUGGUCUAUAUUAAUCCCCCAGCCACCCCUGGUCUAUAUUAAUCCCCCUAACCACCCCUGGUCUAUAUUAAUCCCCCAGCCAUCACUGGUCUAUAUUAAUCCCCCUAACCACCCCUGGUCUAUAUUAAUCCCCCUAACCACCCCUGGUCUAUAUUAAUCCCCCAGCCAUCACUGGUCUAUAUUGAUAUCCUCCCCCUGGCCACACACACACACAUCACUGGUCUGAACUAACCCCCCGCCAUUAUUCGUCUAUAUUAAUCCCCCCCAACCACAUCACUGGUCUGUAUUAAGCCCCCCCUCCAGCCAUUACUGGUCUAUAUUAAUCUCCACCCACAGCAUCACUGGUCUGUAUUAAUCCCCCCACCGCCGCUGACUUUACAAGUCUAUAUUAAUCGCCCCACAGCCAUCACUGGUGUAUAUUAAUCCCCCAACCAUCACUAGUCUAUAUUAAUCCUCCCCCAGCCAUCACUGGUCUAUAUUAUUCCCCACAACCAAUACUAGUCUAUAUUAUUCCCCCCACAUCCAUCAUUGGUCUAUAUUAAUCCCCCCACAUCCAUCAUUGGUCUAUAUUAAUCCCCCCCCCCUGACAUCACUAGUCUAUAUUAAUCCUCCCCCCCCAGCCAUCACUGGUCUAUAUCAAUCCCCCGCACAGCAAUCACUGGUCUAAAUUAAUUCCCCCCAGCCAUCAUUGGUCUAUAUAAAUCCCCUCCCACAGCCAUCACUAGUCUAUAUUAAUCCCCCCAGCCAUCACUAGUCUAUAUUAAUCCUCCCGCCCCCCCACAGCCAUCACUGGUCUAUAUUAAUCCCCCAACCAUCACUAGUCUAUAUUUAUCCUCCCCCCUCCCCCCACAACCAUCAUUGGUCUAUAUUAAUCCCCUGCCACAGCCAUCACUGGUCUAUAUCAAUCCCCCCACAGCCAUCACUCAUCUAUAUUAAUCCCCCUAGCCAUUACGGGUCUAUAUUAAUCCCUGCCCCCUCCCCCCACCAACAUCACUAGUCUAUAUUAAUCCCCCCACAGCCAUCACAAGUCUAUAUUAAUCCCCUGUCACAGUCAUCACUGGUCUAUAUUAACUUCUACAGCCAAUACUGGUCUAUAUUAACCCCUAACACUUCGCUGGACUUCAUGCCAAGUUUAUACAUCACAGCCAAUACUGGUAUAUAAUCUCAACUAUCAUCACUAGUCUAUAUACCCUUCCUCUCUCUACAGCCAUCACUAGUCUAUAUUAUUCCCCCCACAUCCAUCAUUGGUCUAUAUUAAUCCCCCUCCCCCUGACAUCACUAGUCUAUAUUAAUCCCCCCCAGCCAUCACUGAUCUAUAUUUUAUCAGGAUGGAUACAUUGAGAUUUCUCUCGUUUUCAAGUAUGCCCUGGGUCCACAAAACAUUGCAGUGUUACAAUAGGAUGCAAUAUUACAAAAAUACAAUAUACAAACUAUACAUAUAAGCACAUAUAUAAAUUUAAUACAUAACAGGUAAUAUAUUCAACCAUGACAGGUGCAUUCUGUAUUGAGGUCUAUUGAGAGGUAGAUCUCUUAAAAGAUUUAAGGUUGAAUAAAGAUUUGACUGUGUCCCUGAGAUUUUUCCAUAAUUACAGUGCUCUGUAGGAAAAGGAGGAUUGAGCCACUUUAAUUUUGUAUUGCGGAAUGCUAAAUAUCGUGCUAGUACUGGAUUGGAGGUUAUAGGAGGUGAGUACAGCCGGGGAGAGCAUUCUAUUCAGGUAGGGUGGGAGCUUCCCAGAAAAGCUCUUAAACACAAGGCUGGAAAGAUGAAGGGUGCAUCUGGAUUCCAGCAACAGCCAGUUUAGUUUUUUUAGCAUGUCACAAUGGUGGGUAAAGUAAUUACAUUCUAGUACAAAGCGGCAGAGCGAAUUAUAUAGCGUAUUAAGUUUAUUAAGGUGGGUUUGUGGUGCGCGUGCAUACACUACAUCCCCAUAAUUAAUGACUGGCAUUAGCAUCUGUUGCACCAUCUGUUUCCUUACUGUAGGGCUUAGGCAGGAUUUGUUUCUGUACAGGGCACCAGGUUUUGGGUAAAGUUUUGAUGAGAUUUUUUUGAUGUGAAGGCCAAAGGAUAGAUUGGGGUCUAGCAACAUACCUAGAUAUUUAAAGAAACAGACUGCUGUCAGUGUGCAAUUUGAAAUUGUUCUGAUACACAGUUGUUGAUUUUGUAGUUUACAUAAUUUAGGUACAGUUCCUAAGAUCAUUGUAACGGUUUUGUCAGUGUUUAGGGAGAGUUUGUUAUCCGCUAUCCACUUUUCUACCUCUGUGAAUUGGUUUUGGAGCACAGCCUCAAGCUGCGGUAGCUUGUGCUUACUAGCGUAGAUUACUGUGUCAUCUGCAUACAUGUGUACAGUUAAGGAUUUGCAGACAUUAUGCAGAUCAUUUAUAAAUAAUGUGAAUAGCAGGGGGCCGAGUAUGGAGCCUUGGGGAACACUACACGUGACUAGAAGAGGGAGGGAAGCGCUAUCAGAAAUGGUCACAUAUUGCAAUCGGUCUGAAACAUACAAUCAAAACCAGGUUAGCGGACGAUUACCAAUGCCUGAGUUAAGUUUUUGCUAAAGAAUGCCAUGGUCUACUGUGUCAAAGGCCUUGGCAAAGUCAAGGAAAAUAGCUCCAGUUAAGUCUCCUUGUUCCAUGCCAAUUUGGAUGUCAUUGCAAACUUUUAAGAGGGCAGUUGAAGUUGAGUAAUUUGGAUGAAAGCCUGAUUGAUCAAGGGUCAGGUCAAUUGAUCAUUGAUAAUAUUCAUAUAGUUGGGCAUGGACGCAUUUUUCCAAGAUUUUUUACAAUACAAGGAGCAAUGAUAUUGGACAAUAGUUAGAUACCAAAGUAUCUGUCACCACUUUUAUGGAUAGGUACAACUUUUGCAGUCUUUCAAAGUUUGGGUAUGUAUCCUGACACCAGGGAUUCAUUAAUAAGGGUAGUGACAGGUUUAGCAAUUGCUGGCAGACUGAGCUUCAGCAACAUUGCUGGGAUUUGAUCUGGUCCACAAUGGUUUUUCAUUUUUAAAUUAUUAAGAUGUUUAUUAACAACACUAACAGACACAGGUCUAAAACUGAAUUUCUCUAAAUGAGGAUUUUGAAGAUUUGCAGGGCCUGAUCUUUAUUUGCGGUCUCAAAACGAGUGUCAUUUGUUAUCUUAGCAACCAGGGUGGUAUCAUUGGUAAUGGUAAGGGAAUGCCGGAGACAUCCUGGCACCAUAACAAUGUCAUUUCAAUGAAGUUGUUAUGGUGCCUGGUUUGUUACUUUAAGGUCAUAAUAGCCAAACAGGAUGCAUUCUCUAUAUCGGUUGUCUACUCUCCUCAUUUCACUGAUUAAACUGAGUAAAGCUGACGAACCCCUGACCUGGGAAUCUCCGAUAAUACUGUCAUGGUACAUCAUCAUGCAGCAUUGGAUGUGCUUCCUGCUCCCCACUAACCUCUGUGACACUGGAUGCAGUAUUCAUGUAGCUCCUUAUUACCUUUCUAUGCAGAAGCAUCAUUACUUUACGCCAGGCUUCCCCAAACUCCGGCCCACCAGAUGUUGCUGAACUACAACUCCCAUGAUUCUCAGCCUACCUAUUUCAUUCAUAGAAUCAUGGGAGUUGUAGUUCAGCAACAUCUGGAGGGUCGGAGUUUGGGGGAAGCCUGCUUUACGCACAUAAAAUCUGGGACAUGUGAUAGUACGUCUCUUAAUCUGUCACCCCCAAAUACAUCACAGCUGCGUGUAGCGAACCCUUACGUCAUUCCUGAGUAGUUGUUGCUCUGCUGGAGCUUUUAAGGUCACCCAGGACCCGCGGCGGAGUGUCAAGUUGGUGCUUCCUCCUAGAGCCCUGUGCUGUGAGUUUGUGCAUGUGUGGCGGCUGCGUGAUGUUUGAUGGCAUUCACUGGCGCUGAGUACCAGCUGACAUGCUAUGUCAAUGAAUGCUGUUCAAAUACACAGACUAGUGAUGUGCCAAGCCCGGUAUGUUCAUUUCUGCUUGAAUGCUGUUUAACCCAAAAUUGGUAAUGAUGCUGAAUGUAUGCCAGGGACUUGUUAGCACCAGAACCCUAUAGACUGUAAGCCCGUUUGAGCAGGGUCCUCUUCAACCUAUCGUUUCUGUAAGUUUUAUUGUAAUUGUCCUAUUUAUAGUUAAACCCCCUCUAAUAAUAUUGUAAAGUGCUACAGAAUCUGUUGGCGCUAUAUAAAUGGCGAGAAUAAUAAUAAUAACCACUACAGUGCAUAGAGUGGCCCCUUUAACAUAGCACUGUACAAAUGAACAUGACGUUACUUUUGAUAACCCAAGUUAUGCAUAUGAUGAAUCUCUGAUUCAAGUUUGGCCUCAUUCAUAUUCUCUCUUGGUCUGAAUAAUUCUAGACUCUAGUCAUGUGACACAAAAAAAGGAAGCAAAAUGGUUUCUAGGCAACUACCCUUCAGGAUGAAAGUAUAGCCCCCCCUCCACCACUUACUUUAGAGGGACAUAAUUAAUAUAAAAAGCAGAUUCUGUGAAACAUAGCCGGGAUAUUCACUAAAAUGGGAGUAGUGCAGAACUGACAUGGGGGCAGGAAAUUCAGGUUUAAAUAGCUGUACUGGAAUAUUCCUCAAACUUGGCUAUAGUUUCCUGCUUUUUUAUUUUUUUGCAAUGCCAUUAUUAAUUGUCUUGAAUAAAAAUCUCUGUAAGAGAGGAUAAUCCAGUUCAGAGAACAGAUACGGGGUAUUAAUAGAUAGCUACAUAGUAAUCGUCACUUUAUGAGGAUUUUAUCCCAGUGGAACUGAUACAGUUUAGAGAUUUAGGGACAUUGGGAAAAAAGUAUAAAAGUGUAUAGGUCAUUAAAACUGCAUCUACAAAAUGAAGCACAAGGCAUCACACAGUUUGUUACACUUGGCUGUUUGCAAAGCAUUAUGGGAUGAAACACUAGUUAUUUGGCGAAGGUGACGCUUCCUGCAUAGCUGCCAGUGGGGUGAUUUGUAUUGUCAUUUAUCACUAUGGCAACCAAUUCUUCAUAUCUGCACAUACCCUUAAUUCAUGUCAGGCCUGUAACAAUGAGAGAGAAAUUAAACCUGUAAUUACAUCAUUUGUGGCAGUGCCACUUUAAUGCCCAUUAUUUAACAUUAAUAAUACAGGACAGUGGGGGUGUUGCAGGGGGUGCAGGUUUAAAGCUUUGGGUUUGGAUUGAAUUAUUUAGGUGCAGGAUUAAAACUGCAAGGAGAGGGGAAUUGAGUUAAUACAGCAGGUGUGGGGUUAAUACAACAUGGUAUGGCCAGUGACGGAACUACCCGGCACAUCUGGUACAGUAGCAGUGUCGGGUGCUGUCGGGUGCUGCAACUCUUUAGCAACGCAAUAGGUCCACUUAAAUGUUGGCAAGCAGUGCUGGGAGGAAGUGAUUUCCUGUCACUUCCUUCCAGCUUACAGACCACGCGGAGGCUGAGAGGAUGGAGGAGGCACAGAAAGUGGAGGAAGGAGAGCAGCACCAGACUCUCAUCAUCCUCAGCUCGCCAAGGAAGUCUCCCUCCUGCAUCCAAAAGACAUAAAAGCAGGGGGUGGCUAAAAAUAUGUAAAUUGUCACUUGUGUAUCUGUAUCUAUUUAUCUCUUUGUGUCAGUGUAUGUUUACCUGAGUGUGUACCUGCGUGUGAGUGUGUCAGUGUGGGUAUCUGUGUGUGUGUCUCAGUGUAUAUUUGUAUCUGUGUGUGUGUUUGUGUGUCAAUGUGUAUGAGUAUUUGUAUGUGUAUCUGUGUGUUAGUGUGUUGCCACAUAUGUGUAUGUGUGCACACAUCCCAGCAUUCAAAUUCAAACAUCAACACUACAUACAAACACACCCCUCCAAACUAAUGCCAACACUACAUUCAAUCAAAUGCCAACACUACAUGCAAACACAUUGCUGCAAUCAAAAGCCAACACUACAUACAAACACACCCCUCCAAACUAAUGCCAACACUACAUUCAAUCAAAAGCCAACACUACAUACAAACACGCCCCUCCAAUCUGAAGUGGUCUGGGUGCAGUGGUCCUUUGGUUUAAAGGACCACUCUAGGCACCCAGACCACUUCAGCUUAAUGAAGUGGUCUGGGUGCCAGGUCCUUCUAGGGUUAACCCAUUUUUUUUAUAAACAUAGCAGUUUCAGAGAAACUGCUAUGUUUAUGAAUGGGUUAAGCCUUCCCCUAAUCCUCUAGUGGCUGUCUCAUUGACAGCCACUAGAGGCGCUUGCGUGCUUCUCACUGUGAUUUUCACGGUGAGAGCACGCAAGCGUCCAUAGGAAAGCAUUGUAAAUGCUUUCCUAUGCGACGGGCUGAAUGCGCGCGCAGCUCUUGCCGCGCGUGCGCAUUCAGCCCAGAAGGAGGAACGGAGGAGGAGAGGAGGCAGAGAGCUCCCCGCCCAGCGCUGGAAAAAGGUAAGUUUUUAACCCUUUCCCCUUUCCAGAGCCGGGCGGGAGGGGGUCCCUGAGGGUGGGGGCACCCUCAGGGCACUAUAGUGCCAGGAAACGAGUAUGUUUUCCUGGCACUAUAGUGGUCCUUUAAACCUGCCAUAUAAAGCAUUGCAGUUUGGUAUAUGUGGCAAUGCUUACAUUGUAGGAUUAAAUACGCCUCUAGUGGCUAUCUUCAUGAAAGCCACCAAAGGUGCUCCAUCUGUGAGAACUGAGCCCAACUAGGUUUCCAUAUUUAACCUUCAUUUCAAUGGAGGAACGCAAUAGCAUUCAGAAUGCAGUUUGUAUUCCAAAUGCUACAGUGAUCUUUUAAGAAAUUCUGUAACUUCUUAGUGUGACUCCAUCUCUAAGAUGACAUUUUACUGUUACUUCUGAAUUUAGAUUAUAUUGCAGAUCAGCAUUGAACAAUCACAGAGGGCAUUAAAGGACCACUAUAGGCACCCAGACCACGUCAGCUCAAUGAGCUCAUAGUUUUAACACUGCAGCUGAAAAUAUAGCAGUUUCAGAGAAACUGAUAUGUUUAUACUGCAGGGUUAAUACAGCGUCUAGUGGCUGUCUCCCUGACAGCCACUAGAGGCCGCUUCCACAAUUUACACAGAAUAAAUCACACUUAUUUGACGCUGGACGCCCUCACUAAGUCCAGUGUCAAAAAGGAUCCCCAUAGAAAAGCAUUGAGUAAUGCUUUCCUAUGGGCGGGUUUGAAUGCGCGCGCGCCUCUGGCCAUGCAUGGGCAUUCGGCUCCACUUGGAGAGGAGGAGAGGUUGCCAGUGUCGAGGAAGCCCGGCACUGGAUUAAGGUGAGCAAAUAAAUGGUUAAUUAACCAUUUAUUUGCCGCGGAACGGGGCCCUAGUCACCUAAAUGGUGACUAGGGCUCUAUAGCGUUAGGAAUACAUUUUUGGAUUCCUAAUGCAAUAGUGUUCCUUUAAUGAUUUGUCCAGUGUACAAAAAUGAGAUCUUCUCCUUUCAAUAAUGUGAAAAAAUGCUGUUAGUAAGAAAACUACCGACACCUAAUCUAGCAUGCCUUAUGGAUCACCAAACUGGCCACGGCAGGUAACACGCUGAGACAAACAGUUUCUGAUACAGUUUCUGAUCUGUUCCUGUUUACUUGUCCUUUUAAUUCUUGGAAGUUUUAAUACAGCUUAAUUUGUUGCAACAUAUAGUGACAUUGUGAUUGUUUAAUGUGUUGUUGUGUCAUCACAAUGUCAGAUAAUAGUUUCAAAACCUGUGAACCCCCUUGUUUACACACAAUAAAAGUCAGCACAUCGUGUGAAAAUAACAUUUGUAGGAAUGUGAUUAUGUAAACCCUUGACAUUCAACCUUAUGCUAUACUCAACAUGUUACAAAGUUGUCUAGAUUGGAAAAAAAAAGGCUGAAGUCCAUCAAGUUCAACCCUGAAGCCACUUCUUUUAUGUUGUUGAUCAAAAAGACGUAAAUAAAUAAUCAAUUGUACCAUUUCCAAUUAUGCCACAAAAAGGGAAAUAAUUCCCUCUGGACUCCAUAAUGUCAAUCAGAUUUCUCCUUAGAUCAACAACCUGUUUACAAACAUAUUAAUUAUAUCCUGGACUAUUCUGUUUACGCAAAAGUGCAUCCAAGCCUUUAAAAAAAAAAAUUAUCUAUAGAAUCUGAUAAGACAACCUCUUUAGGCAGAUAAUUUAAUAUUUUUAUUGUUCUUACUGUAAUUAACCCUUUUCACUCCUGUAAGCGAAAUCUCCUUUCUUCCAGUCUCAAUGGGUGACCUCUUGUUUGUCUGUAUUCCUGCUAAUGAACAGGUUAGCACAUGGUCGGGUCUUUGUCCUCUUUCAAAUGCUUUUUUACCUUCGUGGUUCUGUUUAUAUAAACACACUCUCAGUCUACUUGUUUUUCCUCAAACACCUGAAAACCCACCUAUUUACAAACUCCUUUGUAGACCUAUAAUAGUUCAUCCCAUUAAAGUUACUCCGAGGCCAGUUCAUCUGUCCUCAUUAUAGUGAGCCUGUCAUGACAGAUAUAGGUUUGCAGUUUUCUAAACACCUUUUUUGACUUAUGUUGAACAAUGAAGUGUUUCUUCCCUUAAUACCAUUGAAAGAUCAUAUUUUAAUUUAUUUACAUUACCCCUGUCUCCUGCUGAGAGUAUUAAUCAUUUGGGUGUUACACCUUCUGUAAGACACACCUCUACUGCAUACCUCUUGCCUCCUAUAAGAGGUUAAAAGUUCCCUUCACUUUAUGUGGCAGUUUAUGGUAUUUAAAUAAUACUUAUAUGUUCUCUCUCUCUCUUUUUCUAUUUACAGAUUGCCUGUCCAAAACUCUUGCAAUAUAUAAUUCUGGCUUUUUCUCUGUGUGCUGCUGCUGCUCUCACAAAUAACCUGUCCAUCCUCACUCCUUCCUCUUGGAGUCAUUGCUUUCCCAUAAGCUCAAGGCAACCUUGAGAGACACACAUAAAAUGGUUUCCCUGACAACAGACAUGCACAGCACAGUCUUCUUAUCUCUGAAACAAUUGUCCCAAACUGAAUUGACUGACAGGAGAGAGCAAGGGCCAUUUUCUAAUCUCUGAUUCUAGAGAAAUCUAUACAUUUAAUCCAGUGGUAGCUGAUGAAGUUUUAAAAUAGUGGGGCACCAGACUUCCUCUCCAGAAUAUUACUCCUCCCAAUACAGUAUAGAGAUACACAUAGAAUACAGACAGCUGUAUUUUUUUUUUUAAAAAUACAUGUUUUUUGACUUUUACUUGAAAAAUCUUUUACUCAUCUACAAAAGCGAAUGAAAAAAACUGCUAAAUAGAUUCAAAAUUUUGUCCUGAGUUUAAAAAUACCCAGUGUUUAUGUUCUUUUUUGCAAGUUAUAGGGCUAUAGGUACAAGUAGGAUAUUGCGGUUUCAAAACAUACAUUUUUAAAAUGUAUCAAUAGUGACAUUGUAACACUAUUAUCUGUCAUAAAUCUCUGAAUAACACCCCACAUGUACAUAUUUUUUUAAAAGUAGACAACCCAGGGUAUUCAAUAUGGGGUAUGUCCAGUCUUUUUUAGUAGCCACUUAGUCGAAAACACUGGCCAAAGUAAGCAUUCAUAUUUGUUUGUGUGUGAAAAAAGUAAAAAAACUAAAUUGAACGCUAAUUUUGGCCAGUGUUUGUGACCAAGUGGUUACUAAAAAAGACUGGACAUACCCCAUUUGCAAUACCUUUGGUUGUCUUCUUUUGCAAAUGGUAUGCCAUCAUGGGGGUAAUUCUCAUUCCUGGGCUACCAUACACUCUCAAAGGCAACGUAACCAACCUGGCCAUUUUCAAUGUAAAAAUAUUUGACCCAUAUAUUUGACCCUGUAACUUUCAAAAAUGCUAUAAAACCUGUACGUGGGGGGUACUGUUUUACUCGGGAAAGGGGGAUUUAACUAUAAAUAGGACAAUUGCAAAUAAACCUACGGGCAUAGACGUGCGCACGGGUGUGCAGGGUGUACCUGGGCACACCCUAAUCCCCGCGGCACGCCUAUGUAUAUUGAAACCGGCAGGGGAGAUCUCAGGAUCCCCCCUGUCGGCUCAUGCAGAGCCGGCGCCGGCUCUGCUCUAAGCCUCCCCUCACCGACCCACAGGCAGGGAGGGAGGCAGGAGAGGACCCGGGGAGCUCUUGCCAGUAGCUCCGCCAGGUUCCUCUCGCGGGAUUCUGAGCAUUGCUGUGGCAACGCUCAGAUCUCGAGAGAGUGAACUCUAGCCCCGCAGGCUAGAGUUCACUCUCCACUGGACCACCAGGGAUGGAAGCAGCAGAAAGGAUCCCCCCUCCCAGGCAUAAGGUAGGAAGGGAGGGGGGAUAUUUACUAAACGGCCCCCACACAAUACACACAAUCACCCAAACAUACAGCACCCACAUACAGCACCCCCACACACAGCAUCUACACACAUACAGCACACACUGCCCUUACACACACACACACACACACACUAACAGCACCUUCACACACAUAGAACCCACACACACACACACACACACACACACACACUAAUAGCACCCUCACACACACACACUAAUAGCACCCUCACACACACACACACACACACCACCCUCACACACACUAACAGCACCCUCACACACACAAAGCGACCUUACAUACACAGCACCCUUACAUACACAGCGCCUUCACACACACACACACACACACACAGCAGUAUAUGUGUGUGUGUGUGUAUAUAUACGCAGCGUGUGUGUUUGUGCUUUAGGGUGCACACCCUUAUACAAUAGGCUGCACACACCUAUGCUUACGGGAACAAUAGGUUGAAGAGGACCCUGCUCAAUCGAGCUUACAUUCUAUAGGAGGUGGGGUGUAAAACACAUUAGGACAGGAAUUUGCAGUCAAAUAAGGUUUAGGAGAGAGCAAGAGAUGGCGGUAGGCAGGCUAUUCCAUAGGAAGGGAGCCGCCCGCGAGAAGUCCUGCAAGCGUGAGUUGGCCGUAUGGGUGUGGACAACGGACAAGAGGUGGUCACGGGCAGAGCGGAGAGACUGAGAAGGGACAUACCUAUAGAUCUAUGAGGAGAUAUAAGAGGUGCUAGAGUUGUUCAGUGCUUUAUAGGUGUGAAUUAGUACCUUGAAUUGACUCCUAUAGCAUACAGGAAGCCAAUGUAAGGACUGGCAGAGAAUGAGGUGUGCGAGAAACGACUAAAGAGGAAAAUCAGUCUGGCAGCAGCGUUCAUUAUGGACUGUAGCGGUGCAGUAUGGCAUUUGGGAAGACCAAUCAAGAGAGGGUUACAAUAAUCCAUGCGGGAAAUUACUAGAACAUGGACAAGCUCCUUGUUAGUAUCUGGUGCAAGAAAGGGGCAGAUGCGGGCUAUGUUUUUAAGAUGGAAUCUACAGGAUUUGACAACAGCUGGAUGUGAAGAAAGGCAAGCAUUGACACAUUGCAGGAUGGCAGGGGAGAGGUCCGGGGAGGAGAGAUAUAACUGGGUGUCAUCAGCGUACAGGUGGUAGUGGAAUCCAAAAGAAGUAAGAAGUAAAAUAAGUUUGCCAAGAGAGGCAGUAUAAAGAGAAAAUAGAAGGGGACCAAGGACAGAGCCUUGGGGGACUCCAACCGAGACAGGACGAGGGGAGGAGGUAUCAUUAGAAAAAGAGACACUGAAUGAGCAUUGGGAGAGAUAAGAGGAAAACCACAAGAGGACAGAGUCACAGAGACCAAGUGAUUGAAGAGUUUGAAGAAGGAGAGCAUGAUCAACGGUGUCAAAGGCCGCUGAGAGGUCAAGAAGAAUUAGAAUGGAGUAGUGGCCUUUGGAUUUAGCUGCGAUUAGGUCGUUAGUAACUUUGAUAAGCGCAGUCUCAGUAGCGUGGAGAUGGCGGAAGCCAGAUUGAAGAGGGUCAAGGAGAGGGUUGGAAUUGGGGAAAUGAGACACACGGGUAAAGACAAGUCUUUCCAGAAGCUUUGAGGAAAAAGAGAGCAGGGAUAUGGGACGAGGGAUAAGGGAGUGGACGGGUCGAGGGAUAUUUUUUUUAGUAUAGGUACUACAGUGGCAUGUUUAAGGUCAGCAGGGACAAUGCCAGAAGAGAGAGAGCAGUUGAAGAUGUUUGUUGAAGAAGGCACGAGACAAGUGGCGAGAGAUCUAAUAAGGUGAGAUUGGAUAGGAUCGAGUGGGCAAGUGGUGGGGCAAGAGGAACAGAGAAGAGCAGCCACCUCUUGGUCAGUAGCCAGAAUGUCUGAAGGGUAGGAAAGGCAUGAUCUAUGUGUGGUUGAGAAACAGAAUGGCAAGGAGGGGAGAUUUCUUUCCUUAGCUGUUCAAUCUUGUCAGUAAAGUAACAUCCAAAGUUAUCAGCAGUAAGGUUAGUUUAGAGCCACAGCAGGGCGAAGAAGAGAAUUAAAGGUGUCAAAGAGACGCCUGGGAUUGCGUAAGCAUGAACUAAUGAGAGAGGAAAAGUAGGACUGUUUGGCAAGGGCAAGGUCUGCGCUGUAUGAACACAAUAUGAAUCUAUAAUGGAGAAAGUCUGACUGGGUGCGAGACUUCCUCCAGGAGCGUUCAGCACAACGGGAGCAUCUUUGCAGGUAGUGUGUUGAUUUAGUAUGCCAUGGUUGGGGGCGGGUCCUCCUUGAGGUGCUUGUUUGGAGGUCCCUCCUGAGUUGAGGGGUGUUAGGCUGAGGUUGUUGGGUGAGGGGGUCCACGAGAGCAAAUGAUAAGAGGUGGUGAUCAGAGAGAGGAAAUGGAGUGUUGCAGAUAUUAGAUACUGUACAUGCAUAAGUGAACAUUAGGUCAAGGGUUUUGCCAGCUACAUGGGUGGGAGAAUUAGCCCACUGUGAAAGCCCGAGGGAGGAAGUAAUUGAAAGUAGUUUAGAGGCUGCAGAGGUCAAAGGUGGGUUAAUAGGAAUAUUGAAGUCCACGAGAAUUAGGGAUGGAAUGUUAGAAGAGAGGAACUAGGGUAUCCAGGCAGCAAAGUGGUCAAGGAAGAGAAGAGGGGAACCAGGGGGACGAUAAAUAACAGCAAUGUUAGCAGAGAAGGGGUUGAAAAGGCGAAUUGAAUGUAUUUCAAAUGAUGGGAAAGAGAGGGAAGGGGGGGGGUAGAGGUUUAAAGGAGCAGUGAUGGGAGAGGAGAAAUGCUACACCACCACCUUUACACUCAGAGUUUCUUGGGUUGUGGGUAAGUUGAGGACCACCGAAGGACAAAAUGCAGGGGUAGCAGUGUCAGAGGGGGAGAGCCAGGUUUCUGUUAAGGCUAGUAAAUCUAUUGAACAAGAGAUGAAGAAGUCAUGGACAGCAGUGGAUUUAGUAAUAUUGCAAACAGAGCGUGUGUUCCAAAGGGCAGUAUUGAAGGAGGAUUUAGAGGAACAUGAGAUGGGUAUGAGAUUAGUGUGGAUCCUUGGGUUAGUAUGUUGUGAGUUUGCCGAGAUGGGACCGGGGUUUGGAGAGACAUCACCAACUGCUAGGAGCAGAAGGAUAGAAAGGAAGUGAAGGUGGGAGUAGGAUUUGAAAGAUUUGUAGGAGGGUAUGUAUGUAGAGGAUUUGGGAGGAGUUGGUGCAGAUAGGCUGGAAAGGUAUGUGUAGAGUGCAUGGGAUGAAUAGAGAGGGCAGGGGAGUAAGGUGGAAGUAAUGAUGAUGGUGUUGCCAGGGAUAGGUGAGCGAAAGGAUAGUGAUAUUUUAGUAAUGAGAGAAGUUAGUGUUAAAGUGAAAAAUAGAAGUGAGAACAUUAGAGAAAAUGUGUAUUAUAUAGAUAUGUAGAUCAUAUAUAUAUAUAUAUAUAUAUAUAUACACACACACAUAUACAAAUCACAUACAUACAUAUACACACACACACACACACACAAAUAUAUAUCAAUGAGUGUUUAAACCAUUGUAAGGAUGCAGUAUGUUAACAGAGGAUUUCAGGUGAGGAGAGGUUUAGUGACUUGAUUGGUGUGUUUCGGAAACCAGCUGAUUUGCACUAUCUAUAAGUAAGGUAAUGACCAUUAUAUAUAUUAAUAUUAAAAUACACUUAGACAGUGUAUGUAUAUAUGUAUAUGUGUAUAUAUUGUGACCUUUAAGGGCAAAGCAACACAGUCCUCUAGGGUAACAGGUACAGAACAACAGUCUCUUAUGCAAAAAUGGUGUGGUUUAUUUACAUCGUGCACAAAAAUCCAUGCAGCAAUCCGUUUGUUGCAUCCGUUUGUUAGCGACCUUUGACCACAAACAAUGGACUCUGGAUAAACCAUCUGCAUUCCCCUGGUCUUUACCAGCUCUAUGCUCUAUAGAGAAGUUAUAUGGCUGAAGACUAAGGAACCACCUAGUUACUCUGGCAUUUGUUUCCUUGUUUUGUCUCAUCCACAUCAAGGGCGCAUGAUCUGUGACAAGUUUGAACCUUCUCCCCAAUAGAUAAUACUUAAGUGUUUCUAGGGCCCACUUUAUGGCCAAACAUUCUUUCUCAACCACCGAGUAUCUCUGUUCAUGGGGAUUCAGCUUUUUGCUCAGGUACAUAAUGGGAUGUUCUUCUCCACUGUGUACUUGAGAAAGAACCGCUCCUAGGCCCACAUCAGACGCAUCUGUCUGUACCAAAAAUUAUUUCGUAAAAUCUGGGGCAACCAAAAUUGGGUCAGCACACAAAACCUCCUUCAGGGUACUAAAUGCCUUCUCUGCCUCGGGAGUCCACUUUAUCAUAACAGGGCCUUUUGCCUUAGUUAGCUCUGUCAACGGGUUUGCGAUCGUAGCAAAGUUAGGUAUGAAUCUACGGUAGUAGCCCACUAAGCCUAGAAAUGCCCUGACUUGUUUCUUUGUCACAGGACGUGGCCAAUCCCAAAUAGCAUCUACCUUACUUUUCUGUGGUUUCAGGAGGCCCCUCCCAAUAGUAUAGCCCAAAUACUUAGCCUCUUCCAAACCUAUCGUACAUUUGGAUGGAUUGGCAGUUAGACCUGCAUCUCGUAUAGAUUUUAUUACUCCCUGAACUCGGGGAAGGUGUGUUUCCCAAUCUGUGCUGUGUAUAACCACAUCGUCAAGGUCAGUGUUUCCCAACCCAGUCCUCAAGGCACACCUACCAGUCCAGGAUUUAGGGAUUACCCAGUUGUGUCUAAGGUGUUUUUACAAAGAAGAAAAAAAACACCUUAGACACAACUGGGUAAUCCCUAAAUCCUGGACUGGUAGGUGUGCCUUGAGGACUGGGUUGGGAAACACUGGUCAAGGUAAGCAGCCGCAUAUUCACUAUGGGGUCUAAGGAUUCUAUCCAUCAUUCUUUGGAAGGUGGCAGGUCACCAUGCAACCCAAAAGGUAAGACUCUAUAGUGAAAUAAACCUUCUGGUGUGGAAAAAGCUGUUUUUUUCUUUGGCCCGCUCUGUUAAGGGAACUUGCCAAUAACCUUUAGUCAGAUCUAAUGUAGUCAGAUAUUCUGGAUCGUCCUAAUCUCUCUAUUAGGUCAUCAACCCUAGGCAUGGGAUAAGCAUCAAAUUUUGAUAUCUCAUUUAAUUUUCUGAAAUCAUUACAGAAUCUGAUUUCUCCAUUUGGCUUGGGUACCAACACUAUAGGAUUACUCUAUUCACUUUGUGAUUCCUCGAUAACCCCUAGCUGGCUUCUUUCGGACCUCUGCUUUAAUGGCUUCUUUUCUGGCCUCUGGGAUUCGGUAGGGUUUUAAGUUAACCCUUUUUCCAGGUUCCGUAAUUAUGUCAUGUUUAAUAACAUUAGUCUUUCCUGGUACUGGGGCAAACACAUCCCGAUUUCUAGCAACAAACUCUCGGACCUCAUUUUUCUGAUGAGGUGCUAGAGUGUCAGCAAUGUUAACCUCUGGUACUUUGUCUACUUUGGUCAGAGGAACUUUGUCUGUCAUGGCCAUCAAGACCUCUCUGUCUGUAUUUGUUCGGGCUUUCUUCUACCAGGUUGUCUCACCUUAUAAUUCACCUCAUUGACUCGUUCAAUUAUCUCACAUGGACCAUGCCAGUUUGCAAGGAAUUUACCUUCUACUGUGGGGAUUAGUAUCAUAACCUUGUCUCAGUUUUGAAAGACCCUAAGUCUAGCAUUCCUGUUAUAACUAGCUUUCUGGACUUCCUGUGCUCUCUCCAUAUUUUCCCUGACAAUUGGCAUUAUGGCCUCAAUGCGAUCCUGCAUUUGUGCAUCAUGUUCAAUAACACUCCUAUGGGGCGUUUGUUCCUGUUCCCAUGUUUCCUUCGCAACAUCAAGGAGAUCUCUAGGAUGUCUGCCAUAUAACAAUUCAAAAGGUGAGAACCCUGUGGAAGCUUGGGGGACUUCUCUGAUAGCAAACAUUAGAUAUGGGAGCAACCGAUCCCAAUUCCUACCAUCUUUAUCAAUUACCUUACGGAGCAUUGCUUUCAAGGUUUUAUUAAAUCUUUCCACUAACCCAUCAGUUUGUGGGUGAUACACUGAAGUUUUCAAUUGUCUAAUCUUCAACAAGUUACAUAGCUCUUUCAUCACUCGUGACAUAAAAGGAGUACCUUGGUCUGUAAGUACUUCUCUAGGUAUUCCAACCCGGCUGAACAUAAACAUUAACUCUCUGGCAAUGGUUUUAGCUGAGGUAUUUCUUAAAGGUAUAGCUUAGGGAUAGCGGGUAGCAUAAUCUAGUACUACCAAUAUAUAUUGGUGCCCCCUAGCGGAUUUAAGUAAAGGACCAACCAGGUCCAUAGCAAUUCUUUCUAAUGGGACUUCUAUGAUUGGAAGAGGAAUGAGGGGAUUACGGAAAUCUUGGAAUGGAGCCUUUCUUUGGCAUUCUGGGCAUGACUUGCAAAAUCGCUCUAUAGCAGAGUAGAUUCCUGGCCAGUAAAAUCUUCUUAGUACUCUCUCCCUGGUUUUUUCAAUCCCAAGAUGCCCCCCUUAAUGCAUGGCUGUGAGCUAGUUUUAAAACUAGGUUCCUGUGGGAUUGAGGUACCAGUAAUUGCUCAACCUCUUCAACCCCCCUCCUCUCUACUCGGUAAAGUAAAUUAUUUAUUUCUGCAAAAUAGGGAAGGGACAAUUGGGUUUCCGGGUUAACAGGAGUACCUUCCACUACCUGAACAUUGUUACGAGCAGCUACCAAGGUUUGAUCCUCCCAUUGGGCAGCCCGAAAAUUUCCUGAACUAAUACCUAGAUGAAUGAACUCCACCUCUUCCCUUAGAUUUUCUACUUGGGAGGAAUCACUUUCGUUGUGUUCCCCUUCCUCACCCAAACAUACUACAGUGGGUUCAUUUUCACUAUACUGCUCCAAAUCAAUUGUAGAAAAAGGUAAACAUUCUCUAAACCCAUUGUUUCUGCCUCUACCUCUGUACACUUAUCCUGUUUUAUUGCAGUAUCUUCCCAAAUUUUACGAAAGAGGUGAAAAUCACGCCCCAAUACAGCAUCAUAAGGCAAUGAUGGUACCACCCCAACUCUAUGUUUUAUCACCCCUACCGCGGUAGCAAAUUCCACCUCGGCCGUGGGGUACGUGUGGGUACUGUAGUAUGUUUGGGUGAGGAAGGGGUGUCACCAUGUAUGCAUAUUAUAUCCAACACGUGAAUUUUAUCUACUUGCUCACUCUGAAGUAAAGAUCUCUUUACCAAUGAAACCUCACUCCCAGAAUCUAAGAGUGCUUGCACACUCCUCCCCUCCAUAUUUACAGAUUUGACAUGGUUAAUACCACUAGUACUUGUUAAAGUCGACAUUUGUGUGUAUACCAACAAUGCACCAUGUUUCUCCCUCCUCCCCAAAUUACAUUCCAUAGGUUGAUCAGUCUGUGGACAGUUACGUGCAAUAUGUCCAAUCUCCUGACACCUAUAACACUUUAUCUGUCUCUCAGUCUGGCCUUGUGGCCGGGUUGGGAACUUGGGCACCCAAUUUUCCAUGUAGUCAGUCUGUCUAUGGGUCUGUACGGAAUCUUUUUUUUCAUCUGUUUCUUUAAAUCCUCCAGAAUUCUUUGCAGGUUUCCUGUUACUUUGCAAUUUGGUGUUGCAAAGUAACAGAAUUCUUUGCAGGUUUCCUGUUACUUUGCACUCUGAGUUUCGUUAGCAAACCGGUAUCUCUCUGUCAAGUUCAUAAUUUCUUCUGGGUCCUUUGGAUCCGCUUGACUGACCCAUUUCCGUAGCGCUAUCGGCAGACUCCUUAGAAAGCGAUCCAUAACCACCUUUUCAAUGAUUACUGCAGCAGAGUUGAAUUCUGGUUGUAGCCACUUCUGGGCAUGUCUCAAGAGGUCAUACAUUUGAGACCUAGUAGAUCUCUCUGUGUCAUAAACCCAUGCAUUAUAUCUUUGAGCUCGCACUGCAGGCGUAACUCCAAGCCAUGUUAGGAUUUCUGCUUUAAAUCUGUCAUUUGUGACCUAGUAGAUCUCUCUGUGUCAUAAACCCAUGCAUUAUAUCUUUGGGCUCGCACUGCAGGCGUAACUCCAAGCUGUGUUAGGAUUUCUGCUUUCAAUCUGUCAUAAUCUUGUGCUUGGCUGAGAGGCAAAUCAUCAUAUGCUUUUUGGGAUUCUCCACUGAUGCAAGGGGCUAAUAAUCCUGCCCACUGACCUGGAGGCCAUCCUUCUCGGGUAGCAAUCCUUUCAAAGGUUGUCAGGUAAGCCUCCAUGUCAUCAACCUCACUCACUUUAUGUAAAAAGUCAGUAACUCUAAUCCGGCGCCCCCUAUCCAUAGUAGGAGUAGUCACACUUGACAGUAUGGUUUGUUGCAAAACACUUGUUAGCUUCACUCUGUCUUCACGCAGUUACAGGCACACAGUCUGCCUGUAAUUGUGUGUGUGUGACUGUCUGCCUGUAACUGUGUGUGUGUGUGCAAAUGCCUGAGCUAAUGAGACAGUUACUCAUAGUCUGUACCCGGUGAAGGGGCGGACCAGAUUCUCAGCACAUUGGAACACCUACAUUUCCCCCUCACUGCAAAGUAACAAGAAAGAGGGAAUUAAUAUUUAUUUUUAAAUCACUAUUAAUUUAAUAAAUUCCCUAUACAAACACUACACCUAUACACACACGCACAUACUUGGAUGAAGGUGUAUGACCGGGAAGGAUGGGGCAGGGGGAUUUUUUGCACAGGGUGCCUAAUGUCUUAAGGCCAGCCCUGGUCCCCCUCAUUUUGGUUGUUUGCACUUGUAGGGUGGCAGAAACAUUCCCUCCUGGUACUGCACAAUAGGCUUUGGGUGCCUAGUGCCCCCAUCUCUUAAUGGUUAUGCGUCUUAAUGGGACCAGAGCAGCUGGGGGAGAUGUAUGGCUGAGGAGGAUGUAUUGGAAAAACAUGUCUGGGAGUGACUGUGUAAUGAAAUGACUGGAGGAAAUUAUACUGUGUACAAAUCAUACAGUUCUCAUACAGUGUUCUUAUGCAGAAUGUGUUACAAAAUAUAGCUCAUAAUUGUGUCACAGGCCAAGAUAUAUAUAGACAUCAGCUCUCACCCUGUGGGCUUUCAUAUAACUUUUAUAGCUCUUUGCUACAAAGGUCUUCAUUCAAUUCACAUGAAUAUUCAAUAUAAUGGGGCAAUGUGCAGUUUAUAAUUAAGAAUAUGAUAGAAAUCAUUAAAAGGUUAUUUCAGGUGAGAAUUAGAUAAUUAAUGGUGAUUUCAUGAAGAAUAGGGAACUAUUGUCUAUGAAUUAAAGUGGAGAAGGGGUGAAUGAUGGUCAGGUGGAAGCAAUGCUCUUUGCGUAUGUUAGGUUACAACUGUGUCCCAAUGUAUCGUUUCUUAUAAGAGCAGCAAUCUGUAAAAAUCACUACAUCUGUGCUCCCAGCCCUUUCAUUUAUCAACUGGAGAAGGCAAGACUUUCCUAAUGAUAGUACUCAAGAAGAUAUUGGGGAUAUCUGGGGUUUUCUCCUUUUUUUGUAGAGUCAUCCAUCUUCAUACAAAAUAAUGUUUGAAUCCACAGGUCCUUUGUCCAACAAAUGGGGGCAGACUGAUAUCCACUUAGGCUGGAUAUUGUAGUUAGAUUUUUUUUAUAAUCUCAGGCUAAAGAUGCAAUGAUUCAGGGUAAUAAGCAGGAAUAAAACAGGUUACUGGAUAUGGGAAAAUUUAGAGCUCAAGUAUAUAAUCAGAGUCGGAUUAAGGUUGCCAAGGGCUUUAGGCAGGAUGCCAGAUUGGGGCUUCCUUGUAGAGCCAUGGGCUCUGUUCUGUGCCUGUGUUGUGUGUGUGUGAUAGAUGAAUUUUGUGUGUGGAGUGUUUUGUGUUUGCGUGUUUGUGUAGUGGAAUCUGAGUGUGACUAAAUGCUAUGUGUGUGUAUGUGUGUAGUGUCUCAGUGUGUGUGGGAGAAAGUGUUUCUUUUAGUCCCCCUCAUGUUUAUAUUUUGGCAGGAGGGGGUGUAAUCCCCAUGGUCCAGUGUGCAUCAUUCUGGGCAAUAUCAGGUGCACAUCACAUUAAAAUCACCUUCACAGUCCUGGAAAUUAGCUAGCAGUGCCAAGGACCACGAGAGAGCUUUUUAAAGUCCACACACUCCCUGAGGAUAGCGUGGGUGCACAGUCAGAUUACCCUGUCAGCUCAAGUAAGGCCCUGUCACAGCUGGAGCUCCAGGCCAUUGGGGUCUGUGAGACGCAUUAUGGGUAAUUCAGCUCUGCAUAUAAUGAAAUGCCAUUUGAGACCAGAAGGGGAGAGGCUGACUGUGAGGAGCACGAUUCCAGACAGUGGAGUGGGUCUUCUGUUAGAUGAUGGAUGGUGCACUGAUUCUGAUGACUGUAAUGAUGUAAUGGUAUAUUUGCAAAUAUGGUAAAGUCACGUGAGCAGAAACAGAAAGAAACAGCAUAGAUAUGUUCUUCAUUAUAUAUCAUUAUGACAAGCUAUCUAAUUCUGAACUGUUUUUAUAAAACCUUCUCUGCUGAACAGUGCUUUUAUGAAAUGGCGCUGUGUGUUCUUAUAGCUAUCAAUUAAACAAAGGCAGUCAAUCUAUCCUGAUAAACUAGUUCUAGAUCAGGAGAACGGAUUCUAGAACAGCUGGAAGGCUUAAAGUAGCAGGAAGAGAUCUGGCAUCUUUCUCUAUCGCUCCCUUGGCAAGUAAAACCUAUUUUUUCUUUUUAGAAAUCGCAUUCUAGUGUUCCAGAGCAGAAUGGGAGCAUGAAAAGACUUGUCACAAAGGUUAUGUAAGACAUAUUUGCUUUUCGAUACACUGUUAUUGGAACAAUACUUUGGUCAAUAAGAGUUUCCAGGUGCUGCUAAUACUUAGAAUUCCAUAGAAUUCCAAAGGAAAUGUGUACAAAUUGCAGUACUGAUCAUACAAUUAAAUACAAUACUUCGUUUUUUGUUCCCUUAUGCCUUGAUAGAAUGUGGAAGUUUACAAUUCCCUGGUCAUGUCUCCACACUUUCUAAACUAGUUUUGCCUUGUAAAGGUAUUUGAAGGGUUGUUCACAAUAGUGAAAAUUCAAAGUGAAUUUCAAAUGUAAUAUCCAAAUAGCCAAACUGGAAAAAUGCUCUAAGUCAGCAAUGCUUUCAAUUUGGCUACGCUAGCCUUAAAGGAACUUUAUAGUGUCAGGAAUAAAGCCAUGUAUUCUUGACACUAUACGUAGUGCCUGUGUGGCUGUUUAAGUGACCGACCCCCCGUCUGUUGCCGGUCUUGUUGCGGCUGACCCUGCCUGACUCCACCUCCUUUCCUGAUAUCAUCAAUUUUAAAGAUCUCAGCCAAUCCAAUGCAUUCCCAUAGAAAAGCAUUGGGGGGCAAUUGGGCAUGUGCGGAAAAACAACGCACUGCACCAAUCAGCAUCUCCUUGAAUCAUGGCAUUUCUAUAGGAAACAUUCAUGCAGCGCAUUCAUGCGUGAAGAUGCUGUGCAGCACUGGACUAGCACCUCUAGUGGCUGUCUGAUUGCAUCUAGAGGUGUUACUUACAAUGAAAAACCUGCAGGGACAGGAUAUGGACAUCAGAACAACUACAUUAAGCUGUAGUUGUUCUGGUGACAAUAGUGGCCAUUUAAAUUUGAAAUUUAUUUUGAAUUCACUUUGAAUUUUCACUUUUGUUAAUAACCCUGUGAGACAUCUGAUCAAUUGUCUCUUAUCACUACUGUAAAUUACAAAUAUUUUACUAGAAUUUGUACAUUUGAUAUUUGGACACAUUGAAACUCAAAAUCAGUUAUUUUAAAGGGACACCCCAAACCCUAAAGCACUUCACAUGUAGCUGUGUCCCCUCUUUCUCACUUUACAAAUGAACUGGUUUCAUGAGAAAUCAACACUUAUAUAAAGUUUCUGGUAUCUAUCUCUAUAAGAGGCUCUUCAUAGAGAAUGAUUGCGGCUGCAGAGCUGCGCAAGGCUUCUAUUGCCUGGGGGAUUAUCAAUAUUGAUGAUCUCACUGAGGCAUAGUGGGGUUUGACACAGGAUUCCAGGUAAGUUAAAUCCUUUUUUUACCGUAAAGGGGGGGGAAUGUACAGUGCCACAAUCAACAUAAAGAUGCAUAGAGUUUCCUUUUAAUAGAUUUCAAGCUUUUAGCAAAUAGAGCAAUUCAUGUUGUUAUCACAUUUGAGUGUUAUAUGAUAUUAUUUUCAUCUUUUUUUAUGUUUAACAGUUGCAAACAAAAUACAUAAUUUUGGAGUCUUUCAUAUAGUACUGUCCUAAAAUGCCUGUGAGCAUAAUGUAGUUUAUGAGGAAAAUUAUGUGUGAGUGAUUUACUUAAAGGAUAUAAUUUUUCACAAAUUGGUGCAAUACCUGGAGGGGAUGAAACAAGAGAAAGACGUCUUUUUCAUAAAAUAAUUUGCGUUUAAGUAAAUCUAACAAAAAACUAAAAUAUGCUUCCCCCAGUGGAGAUGUUGUAGUAAUUGAAGAAAAUAGAUAAUUACUUGCAAAACUUGUCAACUGAGCUCAAAUCUUUGUAAUUUACAAUACAUAAAUCAAUAUCUCUUUUUAUGACAUUUUUACUUCUCAAAUGACUUGAUUUGAAUGUAUUACUUUUCCUCGUACUCAUAAAGGAAGAAGAUUGGGCAUUUCAUUUUGCAUUAUGAGCAGUUAAGCUUAUGAAAGAUAAUGCAGGUCAAAGUUUAAUGGGAAGACGUGGAGAUACAAGAAGAGAGAGUGGUCUGUGAUUAUGUCUAAGAACCGAAAACAAGGCAAGUCUAUGGAAAACACUUAGCUGGCUUUUUCUGUAUGUUGUAUGGGGUCUGGGACACAUGACUGGGCCAACUGUUUUGGAAGGGACAGUUGGCAGAACCAACUCUUGAGAAGACAAGAGCAAGCUCAAAAUACAAAUACUGGUGCAGAUUAAUUACAAGAAGUAAAUUUGACACACUGACCUGUAGAGACUAGACAGAGACGUGGAAUGAUGGUUCUGACCAAAUAGCAUUAGGUACAACAAGCUGGUAUAGGCCAUACAAAAGAAUGUAUCAGGUACCAUUAGAGAGAAGGUCAAGCCAUAUCUCAAAUUAAAUACACUAAUUCUCUAGCAAACCUUGUACAUCUUUUAAACUCUGGUACACCAACCAUUUUCAGCACAGCCCAGUAUCUACAGAACAUCUAUGUAUGUAAUGUCGCAUCAACACAUCUUAGGCUACUUAACAUGUGUCAGAAUGAAAUAUUUUAAGUGGACAUUAAAUGUUAAAUCCUUCUAGGUCUAUGUAAUCAAACAUGUACGAAAUCAGAAACAUAUAGACAAUCAAUCAAACACAUCUUAAAUAUAAAAGGUCAAUCUUUAUUUACAAGCAAUAUCUCAAAAGUACAAAACUGCAAAAAGACAAAUAGUACACAAAUGAAUUGAAAGUGUUCAAAUUGCCAAUAAAAUAGAUACAAUACUUGUAGUAUGAAACAUGUAAUCCAAGAUAUUUAGCAAUUUAGCAAAAAUAUUAGUGGGCUGGAGACUGGUAACUCCAAAGUUUCAGCUAGAUGUCUUUUUCAGGGAGUGUCUCUAAACAAUGAGCGGUGCGUCACCAUCUUAUAUCCAUCGUGAAUUGUUGGACCAGCCAUUUAGCUCUAUUCAAACCAUCUUCUGUGCCGGAGACUGGUGACUAUUUCAUAUUUUAUCUAUGACAACAUACAGCAUUUAUCUUUCAUAAUUAGAGUUGAGCGGACACCUGGAUGUGCGGGUUUGCCGGGUUCGUCCGAACUUCAGCAAAAAGUUCGAGUUCGGGACUCGAAUUUGACCCGAACUUGACCCCGAUCCCGAACCCCAUUGAAGUGAAUGGGGACUCGAACUGUGUCAUUUUACAUAGUGUGGGAAAGUUCUUUGGAGGGCUCAGUCUGCGUGGAGCCCUCCAUGGGUGAAAAUUGAUUUAUUUAUUUUUGCGUCUGGUUUUUUCCUUUUUCGGCAGAUUUUUUUUGCGCUCUGAUUUUUUUAUUUUAUUUUAAAUUCGACGGGUAUUAUGUUUUUUUAUUUGGCUUUUUUGGGGGCAGAAAAAUUAAGAUUUUAGAAGAAAGAAGACAUCAAAUGGUAAGUUUUAUUUUAAUUUACAGGUUAGUUAUUUUAUUCCUCCCUCACUAUUUUUAGCGUGAGGGGGGUAGGUAGGGGAUAACUUUUAUUUGGGUGUGGGGCAGUGGUGUAUCCUGGUUUUGUGCUGCCUUAGGCCCCUGAGCGCUCUGCUCAGCUUCCUCGCCCGCUGCAGAGUGAGGACGGGAGCCGGAAUAUGACGUCAUAUUUCGGCUCCCAGCAUAACUCUGCUGAGCACGAGGGAGCUGAGCAGACAGCUCAGGGGAAAGUGCUCCCUUGCCAGCGCCCCCUGCCCGGCUUGUCAGUUAGCCGCAAGGCUAACAAGAUAUUUGCCUGGGCAUUUGGGGACAGCUUUUUUUGCCACCCCCUGGAAAAUGCCGCCCAAGGCAAAUGCCUUGUUUGCCUUGCGGCUAAAACGUCCCUGGUAGGGACCCCUAGUCACCUUGGAAGGGGGGGGGGGAGGAUUUUCAUUUAGGGCCCCCACCCACCGCUUAGGGGUGGGGCCCAGGGGGGAGGACAGUAGGUCCUCCCCCCUCAUUGUUAUUUUGGGCCCCCACCCACCGUGCAGGGGUGGGGGCCAGGGGGAGGACAGUAGGUCCCCCCUCAUUCUUAUUUAGGGCCCCCACCCAUCUGGACUGGAUAUCUCCACUCAAUUUUUCACUCAAGGUUUAAGUAGAGCUGUUUUUUAUCGUUUGUAGCCCAAUUUCCCAAACACCAGAAGGUACAUAGUGCAGGAGAGAACUGCAAUCUUUAUUGGAAACAAUGCGAGUUUAUAUACAGAGAACCCCAGCGGGUAUAGGGAUCUCCAGGAAAGUUAUAAGUGAUCCCACCCAGGCGUCUCUGUGUCUGGGAGAGGAUUGCAGUAUACACUGCUUUAUUUAAUUAACUCCCAUAGACAGGCCCAAAACAUUGUUUAACUACGAAAACCCCCUCCCACAUAUUAUAUACCCAGAUAGUGCAUACUUGAGUGCCGAAUUUGGGAAAAUAGCACCCUGAUCUAUGGUGUAUAGUGAAAACGCCACCCGGUAAAAAUUUUGACUGGGCAUUGGUCACGUCUUGAUCCAGCGUAGGGUUCCAGACUGGUUGCAGCCUAGUGCCAGUCUUUGAAUGGGGUCCUUUUGUUCUUAAACAGGGUGCUCCCCCUCGAUCUCAGGUAGCGUUUGUUGGCCUCCCCUCCAAAUAGCGUUCUCUUGUGUAUGUGAAGUGAGUCAAAAUUGAUGAUCAAGUUAAUUGGGCGGUCGCAAUUAUUGAUGCCAAGUUAGGGUUUCAGGUGAUCAGGGCAGAGGUCCGAUGGGAACAUCACGGUUGUUCGGGCUCGUAAGGGAACUGCUACUGUAUUAGGAUGGAGAGUUCAUGGUGUAAAUACAUGGGAGGGGCAUAGGAGAGAGCCAGGGAAGUGAUAUAGUCUUUUGUGAAAUAGCAUAAUGGAGUCCUGCACCAGUAAUUCAUAAAAAUAUGUAGGCUCUGUCACACCUGAUCUCCAGCGUUAUAGACAGAGUGAAGGAACACUUGCAAGCUCACCGCCCACAAGGAAAAAGCUUAUUAUGCCUGUUGCCAGCAAGCAGAGUUCCGAGCUGCAUAAGUCAGGUGCGCCGAAGCUGCAACUAGCCUCCAGCACAAAUAUCACUGAAUGUGAAGCGUUUCAAGCAAAAACGCUGAACAUACAGAGUAACCCUUUAAUGUUAAGAUGCCUAUUACAGUCUUUCUUUGUAACUGUAAUGCUUACUUUGUGGUGAAUUAUUUAUUUAUUGUUUUUAGAAAGGCUGGACUUAAAGGAUUCAUGUCUCUUUUCAGCUAUGUAACUAUGUAACUAGAAUGCUUUAGACUUGAGGACAGGAGGAUAUCCCAAAAGUCUUAAUAUAUAGAUGGAUUGGCUUACAAUCUCAAAUUACCCAAAUAGCAUUUGAAUAUAUAUUUCUAUUAUUAUAACCUUUAAUUUUUCAUUUAUUUAUGUCAGUGGAUCGGGAUCGAGAAUCAGUUGAAGCAAUCUCGGUGGGACACCAGUUUAUGGAGCCCAUUCAUCAUUUUCGUCUCGGCCCCAGGCAGAAGUCCAAACUAGUUGUUUAUUGCUGCAUCACUAUUGCAAAUUCUCUGUUUCUCGUUAAAUGUGUGUUUCGGCUACACAGAGAACAUUAACCACAUCCUGUAGCUGCC